AUGAGUAAUAAAAAAAAAAAUACUUCCAAAAUAGAUGACGAUUAUGAUGAUGUGGGAUAUUUCUGUUCAUGGUUUAAAAAAAAGAAUUAGAAAAAUAUCAAUAUUGAAUAAAGCAAACUAUCAAUUAAUAAAUAAGCGAGACUCUCUCUCUAUUAAUCUGCUUUGGAUACCAGUAAACAUUAAGGUAUAUCAUAAUUCAAUUAAUUAAAUUCAACUAAUUCUGAAUUAUAAAGAUAGAAUACUGAAGCAUCACCUUUUGUAAGCAGUUUUGUAGUUUCAAUCUUUGAAAAUAAUUACCCUUAAAAUUAAUUGUUCUAACUCAAAAAUAUUUAAAGCGGAGACACUAUUUUUGCUAAAAUUACAUCAACCAAUAUCGAUGUUCCUAAAUAAAUAAAUAUUAAUUUAAAUGAAGACAUCUGUAGCAAUUAUAAAAUUUCAGAUUAGAUAGCAAAAUAUAUUGCCUUAAGAAUUAAUGAUUAAAUAAAUUCAUUAGCUGAAUUGGGAUGUGGGGAUGGAGGAAACACAGUUUAAGUAUGAUAUGAAAUAAAUAAAAGUUUGCUAAAUAUUUAGACUUUGUGAUUGCAAUUGAUAAAUCUACUGAAGCAUGCAUAAAAACUAGAAAAAAUUGUGAUAAAAGUCUUUCAAAACAAGAUCUUUUAAAUCCUAAAGUAGAAAUCGUAAAUUCUGAUAUCUUUAAACUAAAACGACGUUUACCUUUUGAUAGUAUUUUUAUAAAUCCAACAAUUAAUGCAGAAUCAACUUAAUAUUGUAAAGAUUUAUUAAAAGACUGUUAACCUAAUUUAUAAUAACUACUUAAGAUGAUUUCAGAUUAAAUAGAAAACUUAAUUAUUUAAUUUCCAGCUUAAAUUGAUUAUUCAUAAUUACCAUUGCUAUUAAAUAUAAAUCAAUAAUAUCAAAAUAACUCCUAACACAAAUUCUAAUCAUAAAUUACAAAAUUAAAUUAAUAGCAGUAAUUUAUUGCUCAUUGUUCAUUAGAAAUUGAAAAAAUUUAUGUUAACGGAAUACAUGUUUAAAAUAUUAUUUAUUACGGAAAGAUUGCAAAUAUCACAAGAGAGGAAUUAAGAUCAUUAUUAACAAUUUAAUUAUAAAAUUAAGAAGUUAAACCAGAAGCAAUCCAUCAUGUUAUCACGAAAUUGAAAGAUAAAAUAGGUAUAUAUUCAAUUAUUUAUUAGAACUUAGGUAGCUUAGAAGUUGUUUAUGAAUUACUUUAAGCAUAAAGCUUUAAGUACAAUAUCGACAAAUUUUUAGAAGUAGUUUGUGAUAAAUAUAAAUUAGACUAUGGUGAAUAUGCAUUCAUUCUUUAUUAAAAAUUAUCAAAGUAAUAGAUGUGUUUAAUUUUAAUUUAGAGAAUUUUCAUAUCACACUUUUAAUUAAAAUUGUAAACUAAGGGAUUCAAUAAAUGAAUAAUAAGAAUCUGAUUAUGCAUAUAGCCCAAAGUUCUCAUAUAAUUUAAAUGGAUUUUAAAUGGGAUCAAAUUCAAUCGAUGAAAAUGAAGACAUAGAAGCUUUAGGAUUAAGUUAAAAUGAUCAACAACAAUAAAUAUGA